AACUGUUAUGUUUCCUCAGGACGUAAAUUGAUCUAUUGGCUCAACUUGAAAAGGAAUCAUGGAAAGGAACAUUGUAUAUUUGUGGAUUUGUGCUUUUGCAAUUGUUCACCCAGUUGUCCUUGGACAACAAGAGACUUUACCUCAGCCAACUGCAAGUGAUAAACUCCCAUUGUUGAUAAAGCUGAACAAUGAUUUUGCUUUUCACCUGUACAAGAGGCUUGUAGAAAUGCCAGAGUAUCAGUCCAAGAAUAUCAUCUUCUCUCCAUUAGUGUCCAUGGUCCUUUCUGAACUGUCUUUAGGAGCCGGUGGUGAGACCAAACAGCAGCUUCUUAGUGGCAUUGGUCAUAAUAGCUCGGUCUUCAGCACUGAAGAAAUGCACCAGAUGUUCCACAGACUCCUGGAAGAAAUCGACCAGAGGACAGGAGUGGACAUUGAUGUCGGCAGUGCACUUUACAUAGGCAAUAAGUUUAAGGUCCUUCCUGGGUUUUUGGAGAAGAUGAAGGAGUUUUACCAAUCUGAAGGCUUUACUGUGGAUUUCAGCGUCAAAGAAACAUUAGAUAAAAUUAACAUGUAUGUGAAGGACAAAACACAUGGGAAAAUUAAACAAGCUGUUGAUAAUCUAGACACUGAUACGUUAAUGUUUCUUCUCAACUACAUAUAUUUUAAGGGAAAAUGGGACAAACCAUUUAACCCAAGCAAGACCCGCGAGGCUAUGUUUCAUGUGGAUGCUGAGACCACCGUUCCAGUACAAAUGAUGCACCAAUACGAAUCCCUCGGAGUUUACUAUGAUGCCGAACUCAAUUCUAAGGUCCUCUGUCUUGACUACAACAACUCUUACUCCAUGUUUCUGGCUGUCCCAGAUAGUGCCAAAAGAAACAAGACCAUCAAAGAUCUCGAGAUGGCUAUCUCUAGAAAACACAUUGAAAAGUGAAGAACAGCUGUCCAGAAAAGAAAAGUUGACAUCUAUGUCCCCAAGCUGUCUCUGAAAACAUCAUAUUCCCUGAAUGACAUUUUGAAAGGCAUGGGAAUGGCUGAUAUGUUUACAGAUAAAGCCAACUUUACAGGAAUUUCAGAGGAAAGGAUCUUCAUUUCAAAGGCUUUGCAUAAAGCCACUCUGGAUAUGGAUGAGGAGGGAACCACCGCUGCAGCAGUGACAACAGUUUCAUUUAGACCAAUGUCUUACAGCCCACUGAAGACUUUGAGGUUUGAUCGUCCUUUCAUGAUUUUCAUCACUGACAAAAAAAAUGACAACAUCCUCUUUUUUGCAAAAGUUGUCAACCCAGUGGAAAAAUAGUGAUGUUGCUUCCAGUCAUAACAAUAUUUGCCAGCUGGUGGACAUGAUCAACUGUUGUGCCAUUAUUUUGCUGACUCUAUGUUGAUAUAUAGAGGUACUCAAUCCUUCCAAUGUGUAUCAAACACCUGAACCAGCUUAAGUUUGGAUUAAGUUGUUUAAAAAUAAAUUACAGGUACGCAUUGCUAGAUCUGUUUCCUCUGGUCAAUGUAUACUUAUCUGCCAAGUGGCAACAGUCAUGUAAUCCUAAAUUGGUAAAAGAUGUUGAAAAAUGUUAAGUAUAAAAAUAAACAGCUGACGAUACA